AUGGCAUCCCACUUCGCCGCCUUUCUCGAAGUAGAAAGCUCUUCUCCAGUCACAAGCCCCGCUACAGUCCUUCGUCAUGACGAGCGACUGACCACAGCCUCUUCAACCAACCAUGAAUGGAUAGAGUUGCAAUCAAGUGGCUCAAUUGUCCAGAGACCUGGGUCUUUUGCAUCACCGCCUCCAGAUCUGGAAAACCUACAUCCAGAAACUGGGUCUGCCCUUGGCGAAGCUGAUGUACCAUUAUCAAGGCCAGAUUCAACGGAAAUAGUACCCAGUCUCUAUUACCCAGCGAAGAACAAAUGGCGCGCUGUGAGUGCUUCAUGUAUACUACUCGCCCAAGGAUUAAGUGAUAGUGCCCCUGGUGCUCUGAUCCCAUACAUGGAGCAGAACUUUCACGUUGGCUACGCUAUCGUAUCGCUCAUCUUCGUCACCAAUGCUGUGGGCUAUAUUCUCGCUGCACCCCUGACGUACUGGCUCGAGAAUCGGCUCGGUCGUUCCAGGACUGCCAUGAUUUCGCAACUUUCCGUGCUCACUGGUUACCUGAUCAUUGUGUGCAAGGCGCCGUUUCCGGCUGUCGUCUUCAGCUUUUUCCUGAUUGGACUCGGGAGUGCAAUCAUCCUCGCCCUCAACAAUGUCUUCCUAGCCAAUUUAACGAACUCUACUGAGCUGCUAGGAAUCAACCAUGGGUUUUACGGGGUAGGGGGAACCAUAGCACCCCUGAUUGCAACAGCCCUAGCAUCAAAAGGAGUACACUGGACAUUCUUUUAUAUCAUCAACCUGACAUUUGCGGCCUUCAAUCUUAUUUAUUCCGGGUGGGCGUUCCAGGGCUAUGAAAAAGAUAUGCCCCUUCAGGCACUAAACGGACAGAAUCAAGACGCGGAGCAGCGGGCUAAGAAGAAUUUGAUAGGGCGAGCACUCAAGACAAAAGCUACGUUAUUGUGUGCGCUUUUCGUUUUCGCAUAUCAAGGAGCAGAGGUUUCUAUCUCUGGCUGGAUUGUUUCUUUCCUCAUUCAUUACCGGAAUGGAGACCCGGCUCAUGUAGGAUACGUCAGUUCGGGAUUCUGGGCAGGCAUCACCGUUGGCCGAUUUGUCUUAUCUUAUCCAGCGAGACGGCUUGGUGAAAGGCUCGCAGUGUUCAGCCUUGUGGUGGGUUCAGUACUCUUCCAGAUUCUGAGUUGGUUCGUCCCAAACAUCGUUGGCGAAGCCGUUACCGUUGCGGUUAUCGGUUUACUUCUGGGCCCGAUUUAUCCCUGCGCAACCGUUGUUCUGAACAGACUUCUACCCAGAGAUAUCCAAACUACUUCCCUAAGUUUUGUCAGUGCAAUGGGGAGUAGCGGAGGCGCCGUUGCACCGUUUGUCACUGGUAUCCUCGCUCAGAGUGUUGGAACAGUGGUCCUGCAUCCGGUCUGUUUGGGGCUGUAUGGCUUGAUGAUCCUCGCUUGGUUCCUCUUGCCUCAGAGGUCGAGGCGCGAGGACUAG